UCUGGCUGUCUGUAAUAUUUUCUGCGAAAUAAUAAAGAUUAUUUUGGGUGACAACAUUUUUAUUUGAUUGCGUUUUGCUUCGGCCACUUCUUAAUUACUGCGCAGUUGCGUUUUAAACUGCGCUGAAUCGUUUUUUUUUUUGUUUGUUUUUUGCGGCCGUUACUUUCGUCGGUUGGAAGCUCGUUAGCCUGUGCGACUUCAGGUGUCUCUGGAAGUAACAGCGCCUGAACACUUACCCCUGCUUAAACAGCGCUUCCUCUUUUACUUUAACCACAUGCUGAUAUUUCAUUCCGUGCAGCAGCGCUUCACACACACUAGCAGAACAGAUCAGCCGCGGACACAUCGUCGUCACACCCUGCCAGAGGUUUUUAAAUCUCCGCAUCACUGGCAGCUUUUUCAAAUUUCUUUUAAACACCUGCGUACCAUCGGAGGAGCACAGCAGGAGCCUUCGGGUCAGUAUAAUCCCGGAUGAUUAACAGGGAUGGACCAGUUUGCGAUUGAUCAAGAUCACUGACUGGAGUUUGUGAUUAAUGGCUUACUGUAGCUUGAUUGAGUCACGGGCCAAGUAGUUUCGACUAUCUGUUUUCUAAAUCAAACGCUGAGGGUGUGUCUGGGUCCUGGCUACUACUACGGCAUGCAGGAUGGGCCAAACUCACUCUGCUCUAUCGCACAGCGCAGCCACCCGAGGCAGAGCGAAAUGGAAAGCGGGCGAGACAGCCCGUCGGCUUCGUAUCCGCAGACCUGGGAGCGGAGAAAAGGCGAGGAGUGACCAGUUAAACAGGAAUCCGAUGAAAAAUAAAGUGCUGUCGUGUUUGGGAAGGAGAAAGCGAGACUCUAGUCAGAGUGAAGCGGAUCUGGGUGGCGGAAACGCAGCUGGAGAUCCAGCAACGCGCCGCGGCCACAGAGUAGGAAAGUUGCCGAGGGACGAGGUUGUGUCGGCGGUCGGGCAACAGCAAGCAGCCCCGGGUUGUUUUGACACGCCGUCCGGCCUAGAUGGAAACACUGAACCUACACAGCACGCCGUGAACCGCGAGGCAGUCGCUGGUUCAUCCGAUGCGCCAGGCUUGGAAAGGUGGAGCUGUGAAGUCAGCGGUGCGGGCUGUGAGGAGCCGAAACCCGUGCGAGAGGACAAUGCCUCGGAUCCCCAGACGAGGGCCAUGGAAGAUCAGCCACUGGGGGACAGCAACCAUGAUCCUGUUGUAUCUAAGGAUAGGGUUUUAACUGGAACUAGUCUGGGUUCAUCCCGUUCACCCCCUCUGCAGACCUCUGACCCGGGCACUGAGCGGACUUUGUCUACUUUGCCCUCAGAUCAACUUUUGGACGGGGGACUUUUGAUAAAGGACGAUCACGCUGAGGCUAAAAUGACAAAAACCGACCGUAGCACCUUUUCAUGCACACCCAACGCGGCCGGCGACCUGAACAAUAGUUGCUCUGUUGAAACAAAGAGCCAAACGGACUCUGAUCAGACCAGUCAGAGUCCACCGGGAGGCCAAAGUUUUCCAGGAACCAUACCCAAGCUCAUCAUAACAAGAGACCCCAGUCCGAGCCGCUCUCAAGUCUCGACCCUUUCGAGAACGGAGCUCAACACCGGCUCCUGUCUGGAACCUCAACCGGAAGACGAGUCCCCUUGCUCGGACAGCGGCUGCGGAGGGUCUCCUGCUUUGAUGCACUCCCCAAGAAAGCUGUCCAACUCCUCCUCCAUCGGUCUGUCCUCCGCCUCAUCCUUCGAGGAGUCCGAGGACGACUUCACGGGCAGCGACAUCGAGUCCAGCCUGUCUCCGGCCCGGUCUCUGUGCAGCCCAGAGGAUGGGACGGGGAAUAAGUCCUGGCAUAAGCUGAAGACAAUGGUUCACUGGUCCCCCUUCGUCGUGUCCUUCAAGAAGCGUUAUCCAUGGGUGCAGCUGGCUGGCCAUGCAGGUAACUUCCAGGCUGGGGAGUACGGACGCUUGUUGAAGCGAUACUGUGAGAGUGAGCAGCACUGCCUGGAGAAGCUAAUGAAGGACACUCUGCGCCCCUAUGUGCCUGGAUAUCACGGUGUAGUACAGAAAGAAGAGCAGGACUACAACCUGAUGGAUGAUCUGCUGGCUGAAUUUGACUCGCCCUCCAUCAUGGACUGCAAGAUGGGCAGCAGGACGUACUUGGAAGAGGAGCUGACAAAAGCGAGGGAGCGUCCACGUUUGAGGAAGGACAUGUAUGAGAAAAUGGUCGCUGUGGACCCCGGGGCCCCCACAGAGGAGGAACGGGCCCAGCAGGGCAUCCUAAAACCGCGGUACAUGCAGUGGAGGGAGACCCUUAGCUCCACUGCCACCUUGGGCUUCCGGAUCGAAGGCAUUAAGAAAGCUGAUGGAACUUGCAACACCAACUUUAAGAAGACAAAGCACAGAGAGCAAGUGAUGCAGGCCUUGGAGGAUUUUGUCGAUGGCAACACUCAGAUUCUGAAACUCUACCUGCAGCGGUUGGAGGAACUCCGCUCAGUCCUCGAGCAGUCACAGUUCUUCAGGACACAUGAGGUCGUGGGCAGCUCUCUUCUGUUCGUGCAUGACGCCUCAGGAAAAGCCAAAGUCUGGAUGAUUGACUUUGGAAAGACGGUUCCCUUGCCGUCACCUCAAACCCUCGACCACAGGACUCCCUGGAUGGAGGGCAACAGGGAGGACGGCUACCUGUGGGGACUGGACAACCUCAUAGAUAUCUUCAGCAGUAUGCUCUCGCAGACUCCUUGAACGGGAGACGGGGCUGCAGUAAAAGACUGAUGGAUGUCCAGACUUUGGGGGAGAAGAUUGUACAAACUAAGACUAACAGAGGAAUGACUGGAAGAGGACCACCACUUCAGUUACUCCUCUCAAUACUCACACCAAGUGACUUUAUCCACUUGUAUGGGUGUGAGAAGGGCAGGUUAAGUGGAAUAUGCCAAAAGUUAACAUUAUGCAUUAUGUGGAAUAAAGGGGGCAGGUGACAUGAGCUGUUAAAUUUAAAGCACAAUUGUAACUUUUUAUUUUUUUUUUCACAUGGGCUGUGGGUUUUUUUUUUUUUUUUCUGAGAGUCCUCUGAACUCAUGGCCCUCUGGCAGUCACUUUUUUCCUGCAAAGACACUUCUAGCAUUGCUCAUCUCACUCCUCACAGCUCCCUCUUUUGGUGAGGGGUGGCCAGAGCAGUCAUCUCUUAGCCAUGAACUCGAUCCACAGGGAACACCUUUUUAAUGAGCCUUUGAGGAGCGUUGGGUGUUUUUAUUUUUAUCCUGGACCACUUUCGAUGACUAAGUAUACAGCAACACUAAAAACACUGGUCAGACCAUGUGUUAACUAACUCAGCGUGUAAAUACAGUUUAAUUUAAUUAUUUUUUUCCCGCCUUGGUAUAGCCUUCUUACCGUGUUUGUAUGAUUUCUGUGCCUGCCUUUUUAAAAACGGAGCUAUCUGAUCAUUCCAGUGCAGUGGACUCAUGCUAUUUUCUUUCCAAAGAGUUCACCCAAGUAUAAAAUGAUUUACAUGGAAAUCCCACAGUUUUAACUUCUCUUAGAAACAGAAAUUGUUUUUUUUUUCUUAAUUGGAUUUUUGUAUAAAACUGCAGUGAAAUUUUUCCCCCCCCUCAUUUAACUGUACAGUAAGAAGCUCGACAGCCUUGUUUGUCUACAGUUUGUUGCACUAUGGAUUCUCACAAAGCCAUUGAACAAAACAUGCGGUGCCUCUGUGUGUCUUAAGCAGCGGUUAAGUAUUGGGUUUACAGUUCAGCGUAAAUAAUUUUUGCCUGUUAUCUCAUUUCUCUGAUCAGUGUUUCUUUAGUUUGUGAAAGGAAACUGGAAUUGCCUGAUUUAAACUGAUCAGUCUGCGUGGGCUUCAACUAAAACGCAAACUCUGAAAAAUCUCAGCGACGACGCGUGUCCGAGUAAAACAGAACGACUUUAAGGACACAGCUGUAAACCUAAUUAAGCUACAAUAAACAGGAGGAAUGUGGGGUUUUAAAAUUUUGUAUGCAAAGUUGAAAGUUUACAAUGAAAACGACACUGUUCCAUGUACAGGCCGUGCUUGUGAGCAUUCCUGUCAGGAACUGACAGGAAUGCAGCACGUUGGUGAACGUUUAAGUGUUCAGUCUUCCUUUGACAGUGUCAGGCAGCACUGUUUGGCUGUGUGUGCAGUUAACUCAGCGCGCACAUUUCCUGCGUGAGUGCUGUGAACAUGUGACUUAACGGGAUUGGAAUUUGAAUUUAGAUUUUUCAUCUGCAAAGGAUAAACAUGGCAGGAGAGACAGUAUGGUGUUUACAAAGUAUUAUAAAUCUUAUAAAUCUUUGCCCAGAAAUUCUCUAUAUUUGUAAAAUGUCAAACUAUCAGGUUUUCAAAGGGGGUGCUGCUUUGUAAGCAAGAUAACUGGACUCUUGACCACAUUUUGUACUUUAAAGGCAGCACAAUUCUCAGUCACAAAGCACAGACAAACUGGUUGAAACUGUUUAUAAAUCCCUGCUUUGUCCAGAAGGUCAUGGAUUACAAUAAACUGAAAGUGAAAAGUU